AUGGAAGGCGGGCCGCCUUCGCUUUUGGCGACGCUGGUGACCGCCUUGAGCGCGACUCUGGGCGCUUGCUGGUCCUGGGGCUGCUGGACGCAGGCCCCCGUGGCGCCCCUCCUGGUGCCGCCCUCCUCUUCCAGCUGCGGCGCGGAGGAGGCCUGCCACUGCUCCUGCGACAGGGAGCUGCGGCGCAUCAUCGACCUCCAGGCGGAGGUCUGGGCGCUGCGGUGCCUGCUGCUUGUCGGACCGCUGGUGCUCGGCCUCGCGACCCCGGCGGCGGGCGCGCUGGGCUUCCUGACAGGGGCCUGCAGGCGGUGCCGCUACGGCUCGCGAGGACGCGCGACUGCCGACGCCAUGGCUGACGUCCUGACUUUGGACGUCGCGGACCCGCAGGUCCUCGUGCGGUACGAGAACGACCCGCACGGGUUCUAUUGGCAUCAUCGGGUGUUGCUCUUCAGGGUGAGCGAGGACAUCUGGAUCUGCCUCACCCAGGGCCAGCUGCUGGGCGUCGGUCAGGUGGACGCCAUCGAGCGAAUGAUUUGGGUGGUGGCCGGGCCGCGCUCCGAUCGUUUCGGUGAGGUCAUCGAUGCGGCGAUCAAGGGUGACGAGAAUCGCGGCAUGGGCUUCGUCCGGAAUGGCGUGGCGGUGCCGGGCGGCGAGGAGUUCUUCGUGCAGAAGAAGAUAGCGGCCAGCAGCUUGUCGGAUUUACAGCGGGACGCUCGGGCCGACUUCGGCGACGUCCGCACUCUGGGCGACCACCUGGACGAGGCGGGCCAGAGGUGCUUACGGCUGUCGGAGGCCGCCGCGAUGAUGCGCGACACGGAGCAGCCCAACUUCCCCUUGGCUGGCGUCAGAAGCGUGAUUGAGUUCCUGGACAGCGUGGCUUCGGGGCCUGGCAACGUGACAUCGUACCAGGCCGAGUGGGGGAGGCUCAGCGGCGUCGGUGAGGGCUCGGCGGUGAAUCACGUACAUCGGAACCUGUGUGAGGUGAUCCGCCUGAUGCACUCCUGGGACCAGGUCGACUUGUCGGUGGUGGCCGCCGCCGAGCUCCUGCGCUGGGUGCUCCAGAACGUCGCGCGGCGGGUGGAGGCAAUUGGGGCUUGCCCGACUGACCUCGCAGAGGAGUCGUCCCUUGCGGCGAUCCUCGGCUCUAGAGACCACUGUAGCAUGGGGCCCGAGAACUUGGCCAGCUUCGAUUACGACAAGAUCAAGAUCCUGCGCGGGCGAGUUCAUGUCCGACCCAUCCGACGAGAGCUCCCACCUGCAGCGCUUGGCUACCUCAGGCGCGCUAGCGACCUGAUCGAGAAAGACGAGGCGGAGCUUGAGGGAACCUUCGGAAGCGGCUGCGUCAGCGCCUGA